AUGACGAUAGUCCGCAUAGCUGACCACAUUGUCACCACACAGGCCGAUAAAGCGUUAUCAGGCGCCUCGGGCGGCUUCAGCUGGUUUGGCGGUCGUGCAGAGAAAUAUGAAAAUGCCGCAGACUUGUAUACACAGGCGGCAAAUGCCUUUCGGGUCCAGAAGCUGAGUGAGAAACCCCUCCACCCGCCGCCCGUCAUGGUUGAAUAUGCCAUGGUGACUGACUGCUCGGUAUUGGACUACAAGGAAGCUGGUCUGGCCUUUGAAAAGGCCGCUACUCUCCAGACCCAGAACCUCAACGAGCCCGAUGACGCAGCCAACAGCCUCCAGGAAGCUUUCAAGGUCUACCGCAAGACUGAUCCCGAGGAUGCAGCCCGCGUGCUUUCCGGUGCCAUUCAACAUUACGUACUACGUGGGAACCUGCGCCGUGCUGCAACGCAGCAACAGUACCUGGCUGAGGUGUACGAGGUGGAGCUGGGGGACAUGAAGAAGGCGCUGGAGUCGUAUGAGAAGGCCGCCGAGUGGUUCGAGAGCGAUAAUGCCGAGGCGUAUGUCCAUACAUCUCACCUCUCCGCCCUGUUCGUUCAUUUCCUCAAGGUGGCCGACCUGGCCGCCCUGGAAUCAGACUACUACAAAGCCAUCACCAACUACGAGCGCAUUGGUCGAGCCUCCAUCAACAAUAACCUGAUGAAGUGGUCGGUCAAGGACUAUUUCUUGAAGGCAGGCAUCUGCCACCUUGCCUCAAAAGACCUUGUCGAGACCAACCGUGCGCUGGAAUCAUACCGAGAGAUCGAUCCCUCUUUCUCGUCGACGAGAGAGCACCAGCUGCUCGUGGACCUGCUCCAGGCGGUUGAGAGCGGCGACCAGGAGGGCUUCGCUGACAAACUCUUCCAAUACGACCAGCUCAGCAAGCUGGACAAGUGGAAGACCACCCUCUUGCUGCGGAUCAAGAACAGUAUUGAGGAGGCCGAGGAGGACUUUUCGUAG